AUGGUUAUUAAGCCCAUGCGAUGCGCGAGCAAGGCCGCCGAGAGCGCGUCCGCACGUCUCUGUGCGGACGCCGAAGCAGAAACCGCUGCAACCGAUGUGCCAUCGGUUGCUAUAGUGUCUCAGUCUGUACCACCUGGUGAUGCAGGCGCUGGUCAUGAAGACACUCAUGUUUUCACAGAGUAUGAGCUCGGUGUCUCAUACACUCCUGAUACGGAAGACGGAUCUGUAUCGACGGCGAUUGAAUCCAAGCCGCCUGCCAAGCGUGGCAUGGAUGAUGCUAUGCGUCAUAGCAUCUUUGGUUCAUCUGAUGAAUCAGAUGAACAAUCGCCGAAGCGAAGGCGCUCGAGGUCGCGCGACUCGGGCGCUAACAGUGGUGUCGGUUCUCCUAUUGACACCACUUCACAGAGAGGUGCCAGUCCUUCUGUCGGCACGUCGCAGGAAGAGCGGGACCGCAGUGUGUUGCGUCUCGCUCCCGAAAAGAAGGCAUGGAUGCCUCCAAAAUCCGUCAUGGAUCACUUUUCGUCGCCGACAAGCGAUUGCUAUCGAACACGAUUGCUCAGUUCAUCAAGGAUCCAUCACCUUGACCCCAGCGCGAAAGACUAUCACACUGAGAAUGAAUUCUUCAUCGAUGCUUUCUUUAGACAUCGAUGGUACAGGGAGAAUCACAAGCGUGAUGGUCCCUCACUGCUUCAAGCGUGGAACGCCUACAUCCAUAACCUUGAGGAUGUAGGUCGAGAUGUUUGGAACGACAAACUUGUCAGAGCUCGUGAUAAGUUUGAAAAGCAAACCCCGACAGGUGCACGCUAUGAGCUGCAUCGUCUGUCAAGAGAGAAAGGAUUACCCUGCCUCUCUUGGGGAGACUCGUGCCCAUGUUGUGUGAACAACUCUGCACGAGCACCUAAGGAAACUUACCUCCCUAAUAGACAGUGGUGGCGCGUACGUAUCUCUAGUGAGAUGUCCGAAGGGAUUGACAACCUGAAAUCCCUUUACGACCGUGUCGGGAAGGCUUUCUCCGGUGGUCCGACAUUUUUGCAACUACUUAAUGGACAGCCUAAAACGGCUAGGGUCAGUAUUUGCGGAGCACUCUACUGA